UUCGAUGUCAUGUUUCUACGUUGAUUCAAUGUCAGUUUGCUAUCUGGGUUGGUUCUUAUUGAAACUCAAAUGUCCUACGUAACACAAGAAUGAAUCUCAUUGGUUCUUGCUGAAGCUCAAACAUGCUGCGUAACACGAAAAUAAACCUCAUUGGUUCUCGCAUAUCAGGCUAACAUGCUUGAUCUUCCGUUAACCCUAGCUUUUCCAUUACUGAUGUGUGCACCGAUCAAUGUUUAUGUUAAUAAAAGCCGAAAUUAAAUCUGUUCACCAUAAAAAGCUAUCGAGUCUCUUCAGAAAAUGCAUAUGGAUUAGUUUUAUGAUUUCUGUAUGAACUUUUUGAAACAUCAAAGUGGUAGUUGCGUAGCUCUCCAUGGAGGGACAUAAAUUGGAUUUGGUUUUGGAACGACAUGAGAGUGGAUAAUUAAUGACAGAGUUUUCAGUUUGGGGUAAACUAUCCAUUUAAUAAAUGCUAAGCAUUUUCUCUAAACCGCAAUAUAUUUCUUAAUUCAGUCACACAGAUUUAAAUUGUGCAAGCUGUAGAUAAAUACUCUCUUCAUAAAUAUAAGGUUGACAACAUUAGAACUGUCCCAAUAUCCAACUGUCUCAUUCUGUUCUUCCUUUCUUUUCUUCCUCGCUCUAUUCUUGGAUGCCUGUCACUUCUGGCAACAGUCAUGCAUUUCUCAGUCAAAACGAAACCACAAACUUUCCCCUGCUACUCUCCCAGUAGUUAUGUAGGGUUCGGUUAUCUUUCCCAGUAUGUUUGAAUGUUAAGAACUCCCAAACAAUCCAAACUAGCUCAUUUUAAAUAAAUAAUAUACAUUACAUUUGGCAAGUUGGCUAAACUUUGCAUCUUAAAAUGCAAUUUAUUGUAUUCUUGUGAGCCAUUACUCCAGUAGAAAGUAGAAAGGAGCAUAAAAAAACGAACAAAAAAAAAACUUUUUUCUCAAUGUAAUAAACCCUAUAUAAAUACACACGGCAUUUGUUUUUAGGGAAAUCGUAUUAUUAAGUAUCAUGUAUGCACCGCAUUCCUCUCUGUUCCCAGGACAGUUUUGCAGGGCCCAUCAAGAAAAAGGGCGUUAUGAAAAUGCGUUAACGCCUGGACCUUCUGACGUACCGUAUAACAACAAAGAUGGCGUCCUCUGCUGAUGUACACGUCCGAAUAUGUGGGCAAGAGAUUGUAAAAUACGAUCUGGAAAUUAAAGCUCUUGUUCAGGAUAUACGAGAAUGCUGUGGGCCACAGGCGGUGCUCCUGGAGCUCAACUCCACUGUCAAGGAGAAGUUCAACCAGUUAAGACUGAGGAUUCAGGACAUGGAACAGAUGGCCAAAGAACAAGACCGAGAGACUGAUAAGCAAGCUCUCUUGAGUGAAACGCAAAGCCACCGGAAGCAGAUGUUAAGUAACCAGAUGGCCUGGAGGAAGGCGAAUCUGGCCUGUAAGCUGGCCAUCGAUCACCUGGAGAAGGAUGAACUGCUUCAAGGAGGCGAAUCAGUGAGACAAAGGAAGGCCACCAAAGAGAGUUUGGUGCAGACGUCCAGUGACAUCACCGAGAGUCUGAUGAGCAUCAGUCGGAUGAUGUCACAGCAGGUGCAGCAGAGCGAGGAGACCAUCGGGAGUCUGGCGACAUCAUCGAGGACGGUACAAGAGACAAAUGAAGAGUUUAAGGCCAUGACGGGAACCAUUCAUUCGGGGCGGAAACUUAUCCUGAAAUAUAAUCGGCGUGAGCUGACGGACAAACUGCUGAUCUUCUUAGCUCUCGCUCUGUUUCUGGCCACAGUGCUCUACAUCCUGAAGAAGAGACUCUUCCCUUUCAUUUAGUGGAGAAGUGAAACUGUCUUCCAGAAAGCUCUCUGUGAACGUUCCAGCCCAAACUGGCCCUGCCAUUCUUAAACUAACACACUCAAUGAUGACUGAAGCUUCAACACUCUCUAGGGACAUAAUUACUGAAGUGAGAAUGGAGCAAUAACUGCACUUUAAUGCGCUACAUAAAUCUUACAUCAUAUUCAAUUGCAUAUUUAGUAUUUAUUGCAUUUGUUUGUACAGUAAGGAAAUGUGUUCAGGUUAGUUCUGUAACUAUUUCAUAACCCUGACACACAAUGUGGAUAAAGUUCAGGACAAACUCAGAUGUUCAUGCCAUAUAUAAUGAAUAUUAAUAUUAAAGAUAUCAGAGCAUGAUUUUAUUCAUCCGACAUGUUUUAGAGUGGAGUGAACCACUAGAGGGUGUCGAAUCUCUUUUUUACUGUAAUGUGUGUCUGGAUGGAUUUGUCUUGCCAAGAAACUGAUUAGUUUGUUCCCUUAUUCAGACCAAAAGUUUGAUAUAAAAAGGACAUUUUUUAAGUCUCUUAUGCUCACCAACUUAUUGCUUCAUAUGAUCAAAAAUACAUUAAAACUGGUAAUAUUGUGAAAUAAUAUUUCGAUUUAAAAGAACUGUCAGCAGUGUUGAGGAAAGUUACCUUUUAAAAGUACAUUUUCAUUUAUCAUUUUCAUUUAUCAAAAAUAAAGAGUUCUGUUUCAGGCA